UUUUAGACCCAGUGGAAUCAAGUCUCGGAGGUUUUGCAUUUGCAACCGGCAAGACGCAGCGCGGCCUGAGACGACGACGCCCGUGGCCGCAGCAUGACGCCAUCCACCAAGCCAGAAGUGACGUCUACCGACGCGGCUAGCCGAAGCUACAUGAUCGGCUCGGCCGGCGGCGCCCAGCUCCAGGACAUUUUGCGCACGGCUGCGCAGCCGGAGGAGGCCAUCGUCUCCUUCCAGAAGCAGCAUGGACUCAAGGAAGACACGGCCGCGUCGCUGCAGCUACUCGACUUGCUUGGCUGCCGGCGCUCCGAGACCCAUCGUAGCCUUCUCGACGCGCUGCUGCAAACGCUUCUCGCGCGCAUUCAACACAAGCACACGAGCGAGGCGCAGCUGCUCAAGCUGCUCGAGACCACGUUCCCGUACCUCGAGUACAAGGAGCUGCGGUGCAUCCCGAUCGCGAUCAUGGCGGCGCAGAGCUCGACGCCGUCGCUGUACCUCAAGGAGAUGUGCGACCCGGACCACCGGCAUCUGCUCGAGCACCUCCCAAUGCACGUCAAGCGCCGCCUCUGGAGCAUCGCGCCGCACGAACUGCGGCUCGAGAUGGACAAGGUCGUUGGCCAGUACCUCGACCACAAGCGAUCGCUGCUCCUCGAGGCGUCGAGCCCCUUUGACUUGCACGCCCACCACGCGCUCUCGCCCGAAGACAGGCGGAAGCAAGACCCGGUGCUCGCAACGCUUGUCAACAUGAUUGGCGACUCGGCCGAGCUCUACCUGCAGUGCGUCGACAUUCUACGGUCCAUCAUCGCGUCUGGGGUACUCCCGGGGCACACGUCGUCGCUCGAGUCACCGAAAGAGUACACGUACCUCGCGUCCCUGCUCGGGACGCUGCGCAGCGACAUGGCCAACGUCCAGCGCGACCACGCGACGACGCUCGUGCGCACCGACCCACUGCAUAAGUUCCUUUGGUUCCUCGACCACGCGGUCAAGACCAACCACAUGGACGCGGCGCAGCUGCUCGAGAUGCUUCUCGUGCUCCGCAAGCUCCGGCUGCGCGAUGCCAAGCCGUCGGCGACCGCGAUUGCAUCGGCGCCGCCGCCGCCCAAGGAAACGCUCCUCAAGCUCAUUGACCAAAUGACCAAGUCGGACAGCCGCCGCAUCUUUGCCGACCCGGUGCCAGACGACGUGCCCAACUACCACACGAUCAUUGCGUCGCCGAUGGAUCUGAGCACGCUGCGGCAGAACGUCCAUGCGGCCCUCUACAGCUCGCUCGCCUCGUUUGCCAAGGACGUCAACCUCAUCUGGACCAACUGCAUGACGUUCAACGAAGAAGGUACGAUCUACCACAGAGAGGCCAAGCGGCUUGAGAAGCUCAGCGCUGGCUGGAUCGACAAGGCGCGCGUCGCACUGGAAGCCGAGAAGGCACCGCCGUGCCUCCUCGCGACAGCUGGCGCCCUCUCGGCAAAAGACGCCAACGACACGGAGCGCUCGGGCAUGGUGUUUGAAGGUGAGUGCGACCCGCUCCUUGCCGACGUGGCCAUCGUGCUCUCGGACCCGAUCGUCAAGCGGCUCUUGCACCACGUACUGUGGCUCCAGCUGCGGUCGGUCUCGGCCCGGCACAUCUUCCCGACCGACGACGUUGUCUGCCGCGGCCUCGUGCAGCUACUGCAUGUGGGCAACAUUGGCUCGGUGCGCCGCAUGGUGCGCAAGCAAGACUACCUCCUGCGGUCGCCGCCCGUGCUCGUGCUCCGCCUCUGCCUCCCGCUCAUGCUGCGCGCGCAGCUCUCGAGUGCCCACAUGCCCCACCAAACGCUCGCCCUCUUUGACGAGAGCUGGUCGACCGUAUGGGCCAAUGGCACGUGUCUCAAAGCCCUUGGCCGCCAGUUUUUCCUGACGCUGCUGCACGACGGAGCGCUGAGUGCGGCCCACGCGCUCCUCAAGACGACCGAGACUGCCACCGAGAAGGACGAGGCGUGGACUCGGGAUCUUGUGUUCCUGUCGAGCGUCGUGCACGCACUGCUGCUGCCCAAGCAUCUCAAAAACAAGGAAGGACAUUGGAAGACACUGGUGCACAGCCUGUUCGAGACACUGUGGCUGCCCGCCGUGCGCCUCGAGCAAGGCAAGGCGUACAUGGACGCCGACGACGUUGUCGUGCUUCCGCUCCUGCCUCUCCACGCACAGAUGGCGCGCCUCUUGGUCGCCGUGGCCGACGACAAAGAGUCGACGAUGAUUGCUUUUGCGACCGCGGCGCUGCACGGCUUGACGUCCGAGACCGUGCCACUCGCCGUUGUCGCGGCCAGCGCCACGUUUGCAUCGCUACGCCCUUUCUACCGCAAGCUACAGCUCAAGCAUCCCGAGCUCGCCAAGGACGUGACGUUCGACGACGAUGUGUAGCUGCGUAAUAGAUGCACGUCCUUUGAGUAUUAUCCA